CAUCGGUUAAAAUUCGCAAUGAAGGCUGCACGAUCAUCUGUCAGAUUCGAGAGAGGAGGACUUUGCAGGCAAGGCUCCUGAAAACACAGCUGUGUUAUUUGAGAAAGAACACACAAACUCUCCUCUGGUUUUGGUAUGAUGCUGAAAAAGUGUUCCUUCUGUAAAAAAGGGGAAUGUAUCAAGCCUGUAAAGGUGGAAAAAAAGCCUGGAAAAGCAGCAGCUAAGAUCAGAAUUGAAGCAGAUGGGAGCUAUUUUCAGAUCGGUCAGGAUGGAGAAGCACAAAAACUGGAGAAGGCUAAAAUUACUCUGAACGACUGUUUAGCUUGUAGUGGCUGCAUUACAUCAGCGGAGAGUGUGUUAAUCACUCAGCAGAGCCAUGAAGAGCUCUGCAAAAUACUAGCUUCUAACAAGACUGCAGCUCCCAAUGAACAGAAGUUGGUGGUGGUUUCUGUUUCACCACAGUCCAGAGCUUCGCUGGCUGCGAGAUGCAAAUUGAGUGUUCUGGAAACAGCAAAGAAGUUGACUGCAUUCUUAAAGAGUUUAGGUGUGCACUACGUAUUUGAUACAACCUUUUCAAGAAACUUCAGUCUGCUGGAGAGCCAAAAAGAGUUUGUAAAACGCUUUCGAAAACAAUCUGAAGACAAAAAGGCUUUGCCAAUGCUAGCUUCUGCCUGUCCAGGUUGGAUCUGCUAUGCAGAGAAAACCCAUGGCAGUUUCAUCAUUCCUUAUAUCAGCACCACCAAGUCUCCGCAGCAAGUCAUGGGCUCCUUGAUAAAGGGCCAUUUUGCAGAACAGCAGCACUUAACACCUGACCAGAUAUACCAUGUAACAGUAAUGCCCUGUUAUGACAAAAAGCUAGAGGCUUCAAGGCCAGACUUUUUCAACCAAGAGUACCAAACUCGUGACGUGGACUGUGUAAUCACCACAGGAGAAGUGCUAAAGUUACUGGAACAAGAAGGAGUAUCUCUAUCAGAUGUAGAUCCUGCUCCUCUGGAUACCAUGUUUAGUAGUGCUGCAGAAGGGGAACUCACUAGCCACUCAGGAGGUGGUUCUGGUGGUUAUUUGGAGCACAUAUACAAGUAUGCAGCCAAGGAACUCUUUGGAAUUCAAGUGGAUACAAUUCAGUACAAACCUUUAAAAAACAAGGACUUCCAAGAGGUGACACUGGAGAAGGAUGGAGUAGUUCUGCUCCAGUUUGCUUUGGCAUACGGGUUUCGAAACAUACAAAACUUAGUGCAAAAGUUGAAACGAGGGAAGUCACCGUAUCACUACGUUGAAGUCAUGGCCUGUCCAUCAGGCUGUUUAAAUGGAGGUGGUCAGAUUGAACUGGAAGGUGAAUCCAGCAAGGACUGGCUCCAGCAAGUUGAGAAGCUGUAUAAUUCUCUUAAGACUGAAAUUCCAGAGGAGAACCGGACUGUAACUGAACUGUAUGAGCAGUGGCUGGGUGGCUCGGAGUCAGAAAAGGCUGGGAAAGCUUUGCAUACGGAGUACCACGCAGUGGAGAAAACAAGCACCGGAUUUAACAUCAAAUGGUGAAGACUGAUGCUGGAAGCAGAUCUGUGAAGCCCAGAUAAACUCAGUGCCUUUUAAAGUUGAUUGUAUUUAAGAUUCUCAAGAGACAGGUAGAGCUCUGCGCCAUCACUGGUGAACUGCACUUUCUGACUCUCCUUGGGAGAAGGUAAUGUGCAUAUAGGCAGGCAGUACUAAUUCCUACAGCUUUAUAAUUAUUAUAAUGAUGUGAAUAAACGACAAACAGUGACUUAAAUACAUGUUAAGAGAAGCAGUAAUGUAUCUUAGCCUCUGCAGUCUUUAACGACUAAAUCUGCACUCCCUUUACAAUCCUAUUCCUAACAGAAGUGACAAAUUUAAGGUACUGAAGGAUUUGGCUUGCAGUACGCUGUAACCUCACUGAGGUGAGCUUUAUGCUACCUGAAGAGUAUUUCCCAUCCAGGCUUUGCUGUAUUUUUCACAGCACUAAGUUUUAUGGCUGUCUUUUUUGGGACAUCCUCGUUUAGUUAUAAAUGGUCUAAUUAGACCUUGGGUUUUGUUUUUGUGUUUCUCUGCCCCUGACUGGAUGCCCUUGAAGUCCAGCUGCAGCAUCUCUGCACUGGCAGAGGGGGGCGGGUAGCAGCAGCCUGUAAUCAUGUGAGAAGCAUCAUCUCUAGGGCUGUUCUGUGGCCUGCUGAAAUGUGACUCGAAUGAAUGUUUAAGAAGAAAAAGCUAUGUGUUUUUUUCCUUUGAUUAUAACAAUCGUCCAUAACUGGGGGCAAUUACAUCUCUCUCUCCAUAAAUACAUGGAGAUACACACAACUGUCACAUCUACCCUGGCCUCAGCAGCCAGUUACUGAUGAGUAAUAUCCUUAAACUCAGCACAAACAGUUUUUACAGUGCUUCAAGUAAGAAUUUAUUGCCACUUUUCUUUUUGACAAAAGUCCUUGGUGUCUUUGAAAGGUGUUAAUUUAUAAAAGGUCAUAGAAAAAGGCGGCUGUGGGAUGUAAUCAUUAUCCCAGCUUACCAGAACAAUCCAAGAGGUUAGCAAAAAUAUAUCUGAUUUAAUGUGGUGCAUUACGAUGCUUUGCCAAAACACGUGUGGAUGUGAACUAGAUUUGGUCUUUUGGUACGGGAGAUGAUGUGUGCUUGACUCGCUAUCUGUAUUUUUACGUAUGGGUGUUUUCAGAACUAUUUACAGAAAAAAAAACUGUGAAUGACUAACUCUGUUUUGGCCUAUUUAAUCUGAAUGUCGUUUCACAAAGUGACAACGUGUAUAGGAAGGGGACAGUGGUAGUGGGGGGAGUUGCAGCUUUACCUUAGUUCAGGGUGAAGGGACACGGGCAGACGUGGAAUCUCCUCAUGACCGCUGUAGCUGCAAGUGACAAUGAACUGAAAAAUCACGUUCUUGCUUCACUUAAAUAUUUCUCCUUUUCCAAGUUCCUUUCUGCAGAGUCACUCUUCAUCACGUAGCAGUGAAGUAGAUGAGAACUGAACACAAAGCUGCCCUUUUGCUUUCUUCCUUCAGAGUAAAUACAAACAGCCGGAGCUGAUUACUGCAUCUAGCCCAAACUGAAACCUUGCCCAGACCCUCUUCAGAGAUAACCCUCACUCAGUUACUGCAGGGCUGGCAAAAGGCAAAGCUGCCAGACCUUAACCUGCUUCUCAACAGCUUCUCUGACACUUCCCUGUGUCCUUCUCAAAGCCUCCCAGCAUUCAUUAGAAGUAAGCCAACAGUGUAAAAGACAAUUUUAAUGUUUUUUAAUUAAAAGCUUUACAUAUUUUAGGUGUUACCGAUCAAUUAGUGAAUUCACAGUGUUCAUAAGGCAAAAAUCUCCCCCCGUUUCCCCCUCCCUUCCCUAGUCAUACACGAGCAAGUUGGUAGUUGCAGUGAAUGCCCUUCUCCAGGCAUAGUUCUGUAACACAGUGUUAGGCUAAAUCAUAACAUUUUUAUCUACAGGAAGAGAUACCAGUGCUAAUGCAAACUAAGUCCAACAUGCUGAAGUGCUGAGACCAUAAACUGCGUACAUCAGUGCAAAAGAAACACAUUCUGUUUCUGUUGAGAACAUGCACAUCCAGCCAGAAGUGCACAAGUAAAGCUGAAUUAGCUGUAGAUUAAACUGAGGAUUUGCAUUUUGUCACCUCCAGUUACCAGGUUACCAACAUGCACCUUACUAAAGCUGUCAGAGGACUCUCCACCCAGAACGUACCCAGAGCACAGCUCCCACAAACUCUCCCAGGUGUCUGCUCUUGCCAUGAUCUCAAGAACAGCUCCAGCUUCACCCAGCCUUUGGGCUGCAUGCUGCUGUCAACACGAGCAGGCCCCGUGGUAGUUCAGGAACCCUCCCACACGCACCCAAGUGCGUCUUCGCUCACAGUAUAAAUAAUAUUCCACAGGCACUCCCCAGGUAACAGAUGCCUGUCAGGGCAUCACCUACAAACUGUACCGUUGCAUCUGAACUGAGUAACUGGGAGGCAAUAAGUACCGAGGCAACUUGUGCAGCAGGACUGACUCUUCCCUUCCUGUGCAGAAGAGUAAAUUCUAACAAUAUAACUUAAAAAAAAAAAAGGGCAAAAAGAAAACCUUAGUCAAGUUUCUAGCAAGGGAAAAAAAGGCCGUAAAUCAGGCUUCAGUGCUAACAGAUGCAAUUCACAGUCCACACACGACAGCUCCUGAAGUCAACUCUAUUCCAGUGUUAGGAGCUAUAAAGUUUGUAAUCAGUGCUGUUUAAAAGGACACCCCCUGUGGUAUGGGGCUGUGGGGCCAACUCCUCUGCUCCUCUCUGUUCUCAUUUAAUCUGCAUGAACUAGGGGUAAACUGAGCAACACCGAGACAACUAGCCACACACACAUUGCACAACUGAAGUAAAGGGAAAAAAGAGAUUUGCGUGACUGCCCAACACGGAGCAACCUGCCCCGAACCAGACCCAUCGGAGGGAUUUUCACAGCUAUUUACAGAGCUACCUCCAAGCCCUAUUUUUCCCUACAAAACUACGUUACUCAGUUUUGUAAUACAACUCACCACCACCUGCAAAAUAAAAGCUCUACACAUUUCUCAGACUUAAAAAGUAAAAUAAAAUGCAAUACAGUACUGAUUUUGCACAAACUGAACAAUGAGGGCUGCAAACGCGGCAUAAGAGACCCAGCUGCUCCCUCACUCUUAUUCUAGAGGAAAGGCGAGGUACACGUAAGUUUCACCCAGUAUUUUUUCAGUAUUCUAUCUUGGGGAAAAAAAAAAAUGUAAUGGAUCCAUAGCAGCAUGUUGUUGCUUGCCGCCUAAAAGCUCUUCCACCCUGAAAAGCACUGUAAAAAGAGUGGUUUAGAGCAUGCCCUCCUCCAUGCCUGAGCUCCACCUGAAUGUAUCCUGCAAGGUUUAAGCAAUUUGGAUGGCUCCGGUAAGUCAGCAAUUGCCUUAGAAACCCCUAAAUGAUCUCCUACACUGCCUACAAAAACCAGAAAGUAAAAAC